GUAAUAAGGCCCGAAGAAAUCAAAAUUGAACAAUGGGCAAACUAUAAAUAUUUAUGUAAGGAGAAGCACCAGUCCUGGUGCUACCCACACAUCGACUGUUAUUUGCCGGUGUUUUGGGUUUGCAUUUAAUCUUUGACUCCCUUAAGGCACUCUGCAGCUCAGAUUUUUAUGCGAGAUUCAAUACAUUACGUUAUGUUGUAGUAUACAAAAAGCUUAACCAUCAUGGGCAACAUCCCCUUGUGCGAACCGGCCACAUGUGGGGAUCCGUGCAAUCGGGUGGUGGCCGAAGACAUCCAGAUAAUUGCAACACCACAAACCGAACGCACAGAUGCAGAGGAGGUCUACACCACGAAGGGUCCGAGAAGGGUGCCUAGCUGUUUCGAGCCAGUAAAAGCCGGAGAAAGUGCGGUCACGUCUUCGCUACUUUAAGGCUAGAAGUACCUAUUUUGUUCGCAGCAGAUACUGUUCCAAUCGACACACAGUUCUAUCUUAGUACUUUGUACUAACUUAGAUCUUUAAUAAAGUUUAGACUAUCAUCAACAUCUUGAGUAUUUUUUAAGAGACUAAGAUUAUCAGUGUAGUACAGAUCUCUCACUCUCUUGAAGUUACAGUCUUUUAUGGGAAAACCUGCUGGAGGAUAAAAGCAAUCUUAAUCUUCUAAUUUCUGUUGACCUGUCGUCCACCGACGCGGCUGCUCGCUGGACCAGCCUACGAGGAUCCUGACGAUCCAGAACCUGUUGCCUUCAUGCCUCCACGUGGCUAUAAGAUAUUCGACUUUUUGUCAAGAACUAGAGGAACGAAUUCGAGUGGAGGUGGGUCCUCAGGGUCAACAAACAAGAGUACUGGUGGUGGAGGACUCAACAAGGAGAAGCAAGUGCCAUUUUUGGUGUGUGUAGACUCUGCGCUAAACUUGGAAAGCGUGGAAAGCAAAUAUGUUAUGAUCGAGUUUUUUUUUGAUUUAGAGUUGUAGUAGAGGAAGUAGCUAUCGCAUUUACUUCUCACGCUCUCAACAUCCAGUCAAGAGUAGCAAGUUGUAGCUGACUUCUAAUUGGCACCAUGAUUUCUCUUCCCUCCACCUGCUCUAAACACGAUCGAUUUCAAUUUCGCCUCUCAUGGGUGACAGGCAUCCGCACUGCUGUGAAUGAACUAGAGGGUCGAAGCCUGUUGCCUUUUUUGGCCAACGCAUUGGGCUUCAAUUACGAGGAGGCGGCAGAUGCGAAGGAGAACGUCUGGAAGUUUAUCAGAUUAUGUGCUGGAAGUGUUUCUUUGUAGAUGUACAUCUGCAGUAGUUGUUGUCGUAGAGGUAUCUAUAAUUCCUUGUUCCUCUCUAAUCGAAGCGAUGCAGUUGGUCCACAACUACAUGAUUCUUUUUCCGACCGCUUCAGCCGCGAGGGACAAAAAAACGAUGCGGGUUCGCGUGGAUCUCAGCUUUGACUCCUGGGCAAACAUCAAGAAGGCGUUUCGAGAGAAUCGUGAAAAUAUUAUCGUUCCAGAACAACAAGGCGAAGGCCCUUCCCCAAAAAAUAGUUGUAGUAUUUCUGGAGGUCCAGACUUGGAAAAUAGUAGUAGUGUUUCUGGUCCAGACUUGGAAAACUUGCUUCAGUGCUACGUCGAUCGCUACCCGAUUUUGGCUCCAGCCCCACUUGGGGAGGGAGACGAUGCGAGGGUUCUGAUGGUGAAUUUUGUAGCCGUGCCACCAGGAAGAAACACAUUAGCGAACCAAGCUGCUGGGAUCGCAGGUCGCGAGUUUGACGAGCCUUUGGACGCGAGCUCGGUCUAUGGCGCAUUCCUGGAAGAGCAAGAUCAUACUAGUGCUGAUGAACAGGAUGGCGAGCAGGGCGAUGCAAAUCGAAAUUCCAAUCUUGGAGAAGCUAGCAGUUUGCUGAGUCCGCGAGAUAGAACACGACUGUCUUUGGUACUAUAUUUCAAUCUGCGCUGUCACUGUGACUGAUGUCAGUAUAAGAAUGUCAACGUGUAAAAAAAUAGAAAUACAUCUAAAUAAUCAAUGAGGGAUCAUCAUAAAAAGUUGCUUGGAAUUGGUAAAACCGCAUAGAUCGAAACGUGGAGUGAUUCUAGAUCGAACAAAAAAGCAUUGAUGAAGCACCUACACAGCGAAAACUGAAGCUUCUCGGUCGCGCCUUUACCGUGCAUGAGAUGGUGGCGAUCGCUGGCUCGAUGCAUGAUCUACAAGACUACGAAGACAAGGCCCAUUAUCUGGCAGCUGCUUCCAACGCAGAUGAAGAGAACGAGGUGCGGGAAAUCCUUUCAGGCUUUAGUUGGUACGAGUUAUUUGCCGCGGUUGCGACACUAACGAAGAUUAUGAUGAGGAAAGAAGUCUCUCAUGAAUCUUCGAGUUACUUUUUUGUCCUUUAGUACUAGAAGUACAGGCACUUACGAUCAUAGAAAAAUAUAAUUAUCGCUUAAUAGAAGGACAGAUUGUCCAUUGUUCUCUAAUCCGCAUAAAUUGACUGGAGACCACCAACCAAUCCAGAGACUGCAGAGGAUCCGGACUUUGUAUCAGAAACACGCAAGUGACGUGGUAUCCGAGAAGAAAGCGCGACUGGAGCGCAUGUGCCGCGAGGGAGCUACGCAUAGCUGCAUCACUUACAUUUGCCGUCUGGCGCACGCGCUUGGAGCUAAAAUGAACAAAUAA